UAAUUAUUUUUUAUUUUUUAUUUUUAUGGUUUUUAUAGCCCAGCAUGGAAAAAUCGUGAAAAAUAGGAUGGGGUAGCACAGCGGAGUUAUUUACAGGUAUCAAAUCCCAGCAGGAAUCUCUUACACAAAAGACUGACAUAAGAGAGAAUUGGUGCACUAGAUUCUUCUAUAAAACAACACACUGACAUAGCAUAGAAUGAGUAAACAAACAGGGGCUCUCUUCCAUAUAAAGUUUAUCUGACUACGUUUCUUAUAUCUCAUCAUCACCAAAAACGACUUAUUUCUUGUUUCCCUUUAGAUAAUACGUCAUAGUGCUUUCUUUUAAUUCCAUAGAAGAAAUGAGCUUGCUGCCCCAAAUAUUGUAACCAAAACUACAAUACUACAUAAAGGUUCUAUCUUUUUAUCUUUUGCAUACAAAAUCGUAAAAUCUUAACAAAAGGCUACUACUCAUCAGUAAUUUUUCAAUCUUUUGAAGUUGAUCAACCAUGUCUCGUGGUCCUGUGGGAGACAGUAGCCAGCAGCAACUAUUUUCAUCAAGAACUCCCCACUUUUUCAAGAUUAUUCUUGAAGAGACUCUUCAAGCAAACAUGCUUCGAAUUCCUCGCAAAUUUAUAAGGAAAUAUUGGAAAACUUUAUCCGAAUCGGUGCUUGUCAGGCUUCCAUGCGGUUCAAAAUGGAAUAUGAAGCUGAAAGAAAAGGAGGGAAGUAUUUGGUUAGAGAAGGGUUGGCCAGAAUUUGCAAAGCAUUACUCCAUAAAAAGAGGCAGCAUGUUAAUUUUUAAAUAUGUGGGGUAUUCUGAGUUUCAUGUUGUCAUAUGUGAUACUAGUACUGCUGAGAUAGAUUAUCCUUAUGAUAACAUUGACUUACAAUUCCAAGUUCCUAAGAAGGAAGCUGUUGAAGAUGAUUGUGUCGAAAUCUCGUAUCAUUUUUCGCCUUCCUCCGGUGCCAAAACAAGGGAGAAAUCUUCAUAUUUACCUUGUUCUCGGCCUCAGAACAAGAGAAAAAGAACAACAAGUCCUACUGAAUUCAAAGGUAGAAAUAGCCCUUACAUAUCUUUGGCUGAAAAAAAUAUAAUUCUUGCAAGAGUUUCCUUUGAAUCUGAAAGACCUUUUUUCAAGGCUGUUAUGCAACCAUCAUAUGUUAAAGCUGAGUUUUUUAAUGUACCACAAAAAUUUGCAUAUAGAUACCUUAAGGAUCAAGGCGAUGCUGUUCUUUGUGUUCCAAAUGGUAAAAAUUGGUCUGUGCAACUUAGAACAAGCAUUCUAAGACAUGAGUAUUCUAUUUCUAGACUCUGUUGUGGUUGGCACAAAUUUGUGAAUGACAAUAAAAUAGAAGUUGGCGAUGUCUGCAUUUUCGAGCUUCUUGAUGGAACUGAAAUUGCAUUUCAAGUUCACAUUGUCCGCCGCGUUGAAUGUGAAGGUCUUCAAUGGUGUAAAGCAGGUGAUUAUGUUGCUAGCUCUAGUAAGCCAAACAAAGAUGUGAGAGUUAAGAUUGAAAUGGACUGAAGAACUAGCACUUAUUAUAGUGGACAUGGUUGUAGAUCAUGUAAAAAGUUUUUUUUUUGAGAACUAAGUAAAGUUGCUUAUUUGUUUAUUAAGCAAUAUGUUUGUAAUGAGAAUGUUAUUAUCUAGUAGUAACUUUAUCAGAUGAGAGGGUCAGUGGUGCUUAGCACUCUUUUAGGUAUCA